ACACACACACACACACACACACACACAACAUUCUCUCGCUCAGUAUCUCGUAGGGACUCGUACUCUGCGUUACAACCUCCUCCACCUCCUCCUCCUCCUCCUCUUCCACCUCCUCCACCUCCUCCUCACACUCUUCCUGAUUUGGUUGGUCACGUGUCCUUACAGAUUAACAGAAAGGUAGCAGAGGAACAGAGGAACAUGAGAAGACCAGCGGAGAAAAUGACAACGAAGAUGACAGUCGUGGCAGUGGUGGUGGUGGUGAUGGUGAUGGCUGCUGAGGUGACUGGCAAACCAAAUGGCCGUAACCAAGGCAGGGAACCACUCGGGGAGGACCAAGACAGGAGCAAGGACCCGGUGUUCAACAUAUGGGAGUUUGCCAUCUCGAACGCCAAGUACAACCCAACACGCAGAGAGACAAACAACACGAAGGAGCCGUGCACGUGGGCCAUCGUCCAGUGCUGUUCCGCCCCAAGCCCCGGUGCGAGGACGAUGUGUUUCGACGAGAACGGGUGCUCCGGCGCCUGGCUGGACAACCUCUGCUCCGAUCACUAUCAGGAGCUGGCCCGCAAUGAGGUGGAAAAGGCCUUCUCUUUGGACACAAAGGGAUUCUUGGGAUUCUAGGCGGUGGGUGUAGUGUGU